UAGUUUGCAACUUUCAACUGGAAGCUACAACAUGGAUUCAUGGAAUCAGUCUUGGUUUCUGUUCCUUAACAUUCUUCUUGUGAUUUCUGCCUUGCCAACUCCAGAAAACUUUGAUGUAGAUGGUGGAAUUGACCAGGAUAUAUUUGAUAUCAAUGAAGAUUUGGGACUGGAUCUUUUUGAGGGAGAUAUCAAACUUGAUGCGGCACAAGAAAGAAAUUCCAUCAUUGGAGAAAAAUAUAGAUGGCCUCAUACCAUUCCUUAUGUUCUGGAAGAUAGUUGGGUCAAAAUGAAUGCUAAGGGAGUCAUCCUCAAUGCAUUUGAACGCUAUCGCCUAAAAACAUGUAUUGACUUCAAGCCUUGGACUGGAGAACCUAAUUAUAUAUCAGUGAUCAAGGGCAGUGGCUGCUGGUCUUCAGUAGGAAAUAGGCGUGCUGGGAGGCAAGAACUUUCCAUCGGAACAAACUGUGACCGAAUAGCAACGGUUCAGCACGAGUUCCUCCAUGCGCUGGGAUUCUGGCAUGAGCAGUCGCGUUCUGAUCGGGAUGACUACGUCGCUAUAAUUUGGGACAGAAUUCAGUCAGGCCGAGAGCACAAUUUUAACACCUAUAGUGACCAGGUAUCGGAUUCCCUGAACGUUCCCUACGAUUACACUUCCGUCAUGCACUACAGUAAAACUGCAUUCCAGAAUGGAACGGAGCCCACCAUUGUCACAAGAAUCUCAGACUUCGAGGACGUGAUCGGCCAACGGAUGGAUUUCAGUGACUCUGAUCUGCUAAAGCUGAAUCGACUGUAUAAUUGCUCCUCUUCCUUGAGUUUUAUGGACUCGUGCAAUUUUGAACUGGAAAACGUGUGUGGUAUGAUCCAAAGUUCAGGAGAUAGUGCUGACUGGCAACGCGUUUCCCAGGUUCCCAGGGGGCCAGACAGCGAUCACUCCAAUAUGGGCCAGUGCCAAGGUUCUGGUUUCUUCAUGCAUUUCGACACAAGCUCUGUAAAUGUGGGGGCCACGGCAGUGCUGGAAAGUAGAACGCUGUACCCUAAAAGAGGAUUUCAGUGCUUGCAAUUUUAUUUAUAUAACAGUGGAAGUGAAAGUGACCAACUGAACAUCUACACUAGGGAGUAUUCUACAGACAAUGUGAAUGGCAGUUUAACUCUUGUGGAAGAGAUUAAAGAAAUACCCACUGGGAGCUGGGAACUUUACCAUGUCACACUGAAAGUGACCAACAAGUUCAGAGUGGUGUUUGAAGGGCGCAAAGGCUCUGGCGCAUCCUUGGGUGGUCUGUCCAUAGACGACAUCAAUCUUUCGGAAACACGGUGCCCUCAUCAUGUCUGGCGUAUAAGGAAUUUCACACAGCUCAUUGGCAGCCCAAAUGGAACUCUCUAUAGCCCUCCAUUUUAUUCCUCUAAAGGUUAUGCCUUUCAGAUUUACUUGACUCUAAACCAUUUGACUAAUGCAGGGAUAUAUUUCCACUUGAUCUCUGGAGCCAAUGAUGAUCAAUUACAGUGGCCGUGUCCUUGGCAACAAGCCACGAUGACACUCUUGGAUCAAAAUCCUGACAUCCGACAGCGUAUGUCCAACCAGCGGAGUAUAACUACAGACCCAUUCAUGACCACCGAUGAUGGAAACUAUUUUUGGGACAGGCCUUCCAAAGUAGGCGAAGUGGUUUUAUUCCCUAAUGGAACCCAGUUCAGAAGAAGUAGGGGCUAUGGAACCAGUGCCUUUAUAACUCACGAGAGGCUGAAAAGCAGAGAUUUUAUAAAAGGAAAUGACGUUUACAUUCUCCUGACAGUGGAAGACAUAUCUCACCUCAAUUCUACAUCAACCAAACCGACACCAACCUCUAGUGUCCAAGACCUGUGCUCGGAACUCACCUGUGAGAAUGAUGGCGUCUGUGCUGUUCGAGAUGACAAAGCUCAAUGCAGGUGCCCGUCGGGGGACGACUGGUGGUACAUGGGAGAAAGGUGUGAAAGGCGAGGAUCCACCAGGGACACCAUCGUCAUCGCUGUUUCUUCUACUGUUGCUGUGUUCGCUCUGAUGCUGGUCGUCACCCUUGUCAGUGUCUAUUGUGUCAGGAGGAAGUAUCUUAAAAGGACAAGUUCAAAUACAGCAACUAUGACCCUGGAAAAUCAGCAUGCUUUUUGAAGAUUAACUUGACACCAUGGCCAGCCAAUGAAAUGAAAAAGGAUUCUUCAGCAUGGAUUUCACUCAAGCUACAGCACAACCGACUCAUCCUUCUAAAAAUGGAUCUUUUCUGUAAAUACCUGGAUGGACUAUAAAUCAUUAUUUUGGUAAAAGUCAAAUUGGUGAAAUGUUGUUUGUGUUUCUUUCUUUUUCAUUGAGAGGAAGCCAUCCAGGCUCCUCUGGAAGUAGAAUAUUGUCUAUCAAGGGAGAGCAACAAUAAGAGAUACCUUUUAAAAUUACUGAUCCUUCUGUUUUAGGGGUCAAGUGCAGUGGCCUCACCAGUGAUUCCCAGAAACCCACUGGAAACAAUAGUACCCCAUGUAGAAUCUCCCAGUUCUAGCACUGCCCCGUCUUGAUAUAGGGAAGGGCACUGGGACAGCUCCCACCCUCUCAGUUACGUCUUUCCCUAAGACUGACUACUCUUUUGUUUUCUUAUAUUGAUGUGGAAAAUGUCGGGCGUGGGGAGGAGGCCACUUGCCACCUCCCUGUAGUUCUGCAUCUCUGCGGUCCAGCGCUGCCGUGAUCCUGAUUGGGUAAUUUUUGAAUCCUACUGUUUUUGAUUGGAUGUUGAAGCUUGUUGUUGAUUGGAUGUUAAAGCUUGCUGUUGAUUGGAUGUUAAAGCUUAUUGUUGAUUGGCUGUUAAAGCUUGUGGUUGAUUGGAUGCUUCUUGAGCCCUAUCAAGAGUAUAAAAGCAGGAGCAGGAGGGGCAGAAUAUUGGA